AAGGAGAAUCCCAGGUGGAGCGAGGAUGUCUGAGAUAAUGAAGGUUGAAACAGAUGAGCCUGGAAGGUUCGGCUCGGAGCCCUUCAUAUCUGCAGCAUCCACAUCAGAAGAGGAGGAGGAGACACAAGACAACAAAGAGUUCAUUCAUCAGAUGUUGGUGAUUAAAGUGGUUCCUGAUGACUGGAGUCCCAGUUCGGACCAACCCAACCCAGAGUUCCCCUGCAUAAAAGAGGAAGAGGAGGAACUGAGUGUCAGUCAAGAAGAAGAGAAACUUACUAUGAAGAGUAAAGAUGAAAAGAAACCCCAGUUAUCAGAGGUUCAUCAGAUCAAAACUGAAGACAUUGUGGAGACUGAGGCUCAUGACAGCAGCUCAGCUGAAGAGCUAAAAACGGCCUCUUAUGAAGACAACUGUGGUGAACCAGAAAGAGACGACGUCACAGAUCCAGUGUGUUCUUACCAGUAUUGUAAGAUGACGGUUCACAGAAGUGAUAAAAUGUCCAAAUUUAUGGCUCAGACAGGAUCGCACGCUGGAGAAAAGCCCUUUGGUUGCAAUGUUUGUGGCAAACGAUUCAAGCAUAAGGCCAAUUUUAAACGCCAUAUGAAAAUUCACAUUGAAAACAGAGAACAUAACUGUGAACUUUGUGGCAAAGAAUUUAAAGCUAAGCAUUUCCUUCAAACGCACAUGAGGCUUCACACUGGAGAGAGGCCGUUUGCAUGCGACGACUGCGGGAGAAGGUUUCACGCUAAGGCAGUUCUUAAAAGUCACCUGGAGGUCCACUCUGGAGAAAGGGCUUUUUCCUGUGACAUUUGUGGUUCGAGAUAUAAAAGGAAGGAAACUCUUAAGAAGCACAUGUGGGUCCACACGGCAGAGAGACCCUUUGUUUGUAGUGUGUGCAGUAAAGGAUUUUAUCAUCAAAACAGUCUAAGGAUUCACAUGAACGCCCACACAGGACAGAGACGGUUCAUAUGCAGCGUUUGCAGCAAAGGAUUUGCGGAACAAGAGACUCUGAAGAGACACAUGCGCGUUCACACGGGAGAGAAGCCGUUUAUUUGUGGCUUCUGCUGUAAAGGAUUUUCGCAGCAAAUUCAUUUGAAGAGACACAUGCAUGUUCACACUGGAGAGAAGCAGUUCAUUUGCAGCGUUUGCAGCAAAGAGUUUUCUCAACAGCACCAUCUGAAAAACCACAUGGAAGUUCAUGCCGCAUCAUUUAGCUGCAGUGAUUGCAGUAAGCGUUUUGUGAAGGAAAUCCAGUUGCAACGACAUGCCAGAGUCCACACGGAGGAGAGGCCGUUUGGUUGUGAUGUCUGUAGGAGCAGGUUUAAUCAAAAGUGUCAGCUUGAAAAUCACAUGCGAGUGCAUUCAGGAGAGAAGCCGUUUGUUUGUGAUGUUUGCAGUAAAGGGUUUUCCCAACAAGGAAAUCUGAAACGACAUAUGGUCGUUCACAAGGUCUGCAGCCAAUGAUUAUUUUGAUAGUUGAGCAACAUGCCAAUAAUUUUCAAGUUUUCACCAACUACCUUUAUUUUGCAACUUAUCAAUGCUCCAUUGCCUCUGAAUUUAUAAAAAAAAAAAAAAAAACUAAAAUGGACUUGUGAAUCCCUACUUUGCUUUGAUCAGCUGUAGGUCAAAAUCUUAAACUUAAAAAACAAGUCAGAACUGAUUUUUUUUUUACAGCAAAAAGAUGAAAAAAGUAAAAUGGGUUACUUUCAACAACACUUUUUACUAUGACUGCCAAUGACAAUAUUUCUCCUUCCUGUACAGUAGUCUAAUUUAAUAUAUCACUGUUUAUGUACCUCGGAAUAACAUGUAAACAAAGAUUUGCACUUAAAAGUACAAAUGGUAUGUAUUUCUAUCACUCCAUCAUU